GCGCAUUUCACCGUUUUCUCUUUCUUCCACCUACAUUUUUCUCCCACAUCCUCUUCUCCCCUCUAUCUCUUGGUCGUGGUUCGUUUUUGCAAUCCCUUCCUUCCUUUUUACAUUCACCCUGUCUUUUCUGGCUUGAGGCUACAUUUCGCGCGCGCAAAGGCACAUUAGAGGCACACAUCCGCCCCCUUCUCAUCCCGAUUAUCUCCCAAAAUGAAGGUUACUAACACCAUCUUCGCCCUGGCUUUCGCCGCUGCCACCGCUGCUGCUGGCGGCAACUACGUGGCUAGCAGUCCUCCGGCCAUUCCAGCUCCCCAGCCGCCUGCUGUGGUAACCGUUAUCCAGCCAGCCCCCCAGCCGCCCGCUGUUGUCACGAUCAUCCAGUCGGUUCCAAUGAACCAAAUCUCGAUUAUUGUUGCUGACUUCAUGUACUCGCCUACCAGCGGCGGCAUUGGUUCCCAGCCCGCCCUCCCCACCCCGAUGCCGGUCAUCACCGAUGUCCCGGCUGUUCCGGGCCCGGCCUACGUGGCUAGCCCGCCACCCGUGGUCCCGCAGCCGGCCCAGCCCGGUGUCACAGUCAUUGUGCCUCAGCCGGCCCAGCCCAGCGUUACUGUGAUCCUCCCGCAGCCCCCUCAGCCUUCAGUCACUGAAGUUGUGCCUAGUGCCCCUCCUGCCGUUACCGAAGUUGUGCCUAGUGUUCCUCCUGCUGUCACCGAAGUCGUGCCUAGUGCCCCUCCUGCCGUCACCGAGGUUGUACCUGGUGCUCCACCUGCGCCCACUCCUGUACCCACUCCUGCGCCUACUGUCCCUGCCACUCCGUCGUACCAGGCUAGUAAGUUCAAUAAGCGCAGCAUCGAACAGUCUGCCAUCAAUAAUUUGGUAAAUGGCAACGGUGCCAUGGUGUUCAACAUCAACGGCCAGACGUACAUGCUUCUUCGCCUGCCCGUCUCUAUCCCGCAGGCAAGCCAGGCUGCGGUGCCGCUGCACAAGCGCGACACUCCGAGCAACCUGAUCGAUGACGCCACUACCAAGAACCUGGGCAGCGAGGCCCUGCUGUACGAGGUGCUCGGGAAGGUGUUUGCUCGUGUGAUCCUGCCUGCCAAUGCCCAUGUCGGCAUAUCGCAACCUCAGGGCGCUGAUGCACUGGGCAACCUUCUCAAGCGCGAUCUGCUGAACAACAUUCUUGGCGAGGUCAUUGCCAGCGCUGUUGCUCCUCUCAACAUUGUCGCCAACAUUAAUCCGGAUGAGGAUGGCAACGGUCUUGUCCCGAACCUCAUUGGCGCCGUCAGUGCUACUAUCCAGGCGUCACCGACUGUCACUGCUCAUAUCUUUGAUGCUGAUGAUUACUCGGGUGACCUGCUCAAGCGUGACCUUGUUCCUAACCUUCUUCGGUGAGGUCAUUGCCAGCGCUGUUGCUCCUAUCAACAUUGUUGCCAACAUCCAGCACGACGAUGACGGCAACGGUCUUGUUCCUAACCUCCUGGUGAUGUCAGUGCUACCAUCCGGGCGUCGCCAACAGUCACUGCUCACAUUCUCGACUCUGGCGAUGAUUCGGGCAACCUUCUCAAGCGCGAUCUGCUGAACAACAUUCUUGGCGAGGUCAUUGCCAGCG